GAGUGGGUGGGGACCUACUACCUCGGCUUUGCUGUACGCUGGGCCGGCGCGGCAAUGGCGCAACAGGGGAAACUACUCAAGGAGCAGAAGUACGACCGGCAGCUGAGGUGCUGAGAUUGCAGAUGUUCUCUGCCAGGCCAGGCUCAAAUGUUGUGGGGUGAUCAUGGGCAAGAAGCUUUAGAAUCUGCACAUGUUUGCCUAAUAAAUGCAACUGCUACAGGAACUGAAAUUCUUAAAAACUUGGUAUUACCAGGUAUUGGAUCAUUUACAAUUAUUGAUGGAAAGCAGGUCAGCGGAGAAGAUGCUGGAAACAAUUUUUUCCUUCAAAAAAGCAGUAUUGGCAAGAACCGAGCUCAAGCUGCCAUGGAAUUCUUACAAGAACUAAAUAGCGAUGUCUCUGGAAGUUUUGUGGAAGAGAGUCCAGAAAACCUUCUAGACAAUGAUCCUUCAUUUUUCUGUAGGUUUACUGUUGUGGUUGCAACUCAGCUUCUUGAAAGUACAUUACUUCGUUUAGCAGAUGUCCUCUGGAAUUCCCAGAUCCCUCUUUUGAUCUGUAGGACAUAUGGACUAGUUGGUUAUAUGAGGAUUAUUAUAAAAGAACACCCAGUAAUAGAAUCACAUCCAGAUAAUGCAUUGGAGGAUCUACGACUAGAUAAGCCAUUUCCUGAACUGAGAGAACAUUUUCAGUCUUACGAUUUGGAGCAUAUGGAAAAAAAGGACCAUAGCCAUACUCCAUGGAUUGUGAUCAUAGCUAAAUAUUUAGCACAGUGGUAUAGUGAAACAAAUGGGCGAAUUCCUAAAAGCUAUAAAGAAAAAGAAGACUUCAGAGAUUUGAUUAGACAAGGGAUUUUAAAGAAUGAGAAUGGAGCUCCAGAAGAUGAAGAGAAUUUUGAAGAAGCUAUUAAAAAUGUGAACACAGCACUAAAUGUAACUCAGGUCCCAAGCAGUAUUGAAGAUAUAUUCAAUGAUGAUCGCUGCAUAAACAUCACCAAACAGACCCCUUCUUUUUGGAUACUAGCCCGUGCCCUAAAGGAAUUUGUGGCUAAAGAAGGUCAAGGAAAUUUGCCUGUUCGAGGUACAAUUCCUGAUAUGAUUGCAGAUUCAAGCAAAUACAUAAAACUGCAGAAUGUUUACCGUGAGAAAGCAAAGAAAGAUGCUGCUGCUGUGGGUAAUCACGUUGCCAAAUUGCUUCAGUCUGUUGGCCAGGCACCAGAGUCCAUUUCCGAGAAAGAAUUAAAAUUGCUUUGCAGCAAUUCUGCAUUCCUUCGAGUGGUAAGAUGUCGCUCUUUAGCUGAAGAGUAUGGUUUGGAUACAGUCAACAAAGAUGAAAUUAUUUCUAGCAUGGACAAUCCAGAUAAUGAGAUAGUCCUGUACCUAAUGUUGCGGGCUGUUGAUAGAUUUCAUAAACAGCAUGGCAGAUACCCAGGAGUAUCUAACUAUCAAGUUGAAGAAGAUAUAGGGAAGUUGAAGUCCUGUCUUACUGGCUUCCUUCAGGAAUAUGGGUUAUCUGUAAUGGUGAAAGAUGAUUACGUCCAUGAAUUUUGCCGAUAUGGAGCUGCUGAGCCACACACCAUUGCUGCAUUUCUGGGAGGAGCUGCUGCUCAAGAAGUUAUCAAAAUAAUCACCAAGCAAUUUGUAAUUUUUAAUAAUACUUACAUUUAUAGUGGAAUGUCACAGACUUCUGCAACUUUCCAGUUGUAGAAUAAGCACUCCGUGUAAUAUGUUAAUGACUGAAUAAGUACCACAUAUAAUAUGUUAAUGAAUGAAACUGUAAUUGUCUUCAUAUUGUGCUUUAGUUUGUAAAAUCUGUUAAAUUGUUUUCCUUAAUAAACAUUUUUCUUGUUUGUAA